AUGUGGACGGACACUGAGUUUGUCGGAUCGACGGUCAACAGUUUAUGGCAAGCAAUGUUUCCCUACAUCUGUGUGCUAUCCGUAAGCCGUAUUCUGAUAAUCAAAAAGAAAGUGGAUCCCGAAAAGUCUAUCCUACCUCUACUGGUAGUCUUGGUGAUUGGAUGGACAUUCAGCAUUUCUGUGUGGAUAUGGUCAUGGUUCGGCAUGGCGUUCGUGUUUGGAAAAGUCGGAUGGCAAUACGACUACGCUAUGUGGAGUUCACGUUAUCUGAAC